AUGGCAAGGGUUAUCGAGUGGCGCACCCGGUGCCUCGAUGCCUUCGUCAUCGCCUUGAGCCAAGCGUGCGAGGGAGGGGAGAAGCGCUGGUAUGCGUCGACACUGGAGCUGCAGCUGACCUCGCUGGAUUUGUGCAGGGCGUGCCGAACUACGUCGAUCUUGCACGUGCAUGUAGAUGAUCAGACUCCUCGCAGCUUGUGGUCUUCUCGCACAGCACAGACCCGGCCGAACACACGCAGCUGGAAUCUGCAUAUCUCCAGCCGUGUGCCGGUCGUGCGGGCUCUUCGUUUGACGUGGGCCCUGUCCAUGGAAGCUCUGCUGAGGAAAGCCGCAAUCGAGCUGUGGACGUGGUCAGAACGUCUUGAGCUGCUGGGAUCGUCGUGUGUGUCUAGCUUAGGAUCCGAAGUGGUUUGGCCCCGAGGGUUGACCCAGCUGGUAUUGUAUACAGAUUCGGAUAUCGCAAUGGGCACCGUGUGGUGGCCGGUGCGCUUGCAAUAUCUAGCACUUCGGGGUCGUUUUAAUGCGUCCAUUGCCGGAGUGGUGUUCCCGGCGUCCCUGCAGCAGCUAUCGUUCGGAAACCACUUCAAUAAACCUAUUGCCGGAGUUGUGUGGCCGUCCUCACUGCAAAAGUUGUCGUUCGGGGACAGCUUCAAUCAGCCUAUCGCCGGAGUCGCGUGGCCGUCCUCGCUGCAGGAGCUUUCAGUCGGAUCCCUCUUCAAUCAGCCCAUUGCCGGAGUCGUGUGGUCGUCUUCGCUGCAGCAGCUAUGGUUCGGGGACAACUUCAAUCAGCCAAUCACCGGAGUCGUGUGGCCGUCUUCGCUGCAACAGCUAUCGUUCGGGUACAGCUUCAACCAGCCUAUCGCCGGAAUCGCGUGGCCGUCCUCCCUGCAACAUCUAUAUUUCGGGUCACAGUUCAACCAACCAACCACCGGAGUCGUGUGGCCGUCCUCGCUGCAACAGCUAUUGUUCGGGUACAGCUUCAAUAAGCCUAUCGUCGGAAUGAUGUGGCCGGCCUCCCUGCAGCAGCUAUCGUUCGGGUUACUUUUCAAUCAGCCUAUCGCCGGAGUCAUGUGGCCGUCCUCCCUGCAGCAGCUGUGGUUCGGGUACAACUUCAAUCAGCCUAUCGCCGAAGUCGCGUGGUCGUCCUCCCUGCAACAGCUAUCGUUCGGGUUUUACUUCAAUCAGCCCAUCGUGGGAGUCAUGUGGCCGGUUUCCCUGCAAAAGCUGUCAUUCGGGGACAGCUUCAAUCAGCCUAUCGCCGGUGUCGCGUGGCCGUCCUCGCUGCAGCAGCUAUCGUUCGGGCACAACUUCAAUCAGCCCAUCGCCGGAGUCGUGUGGCCGUCCUCUCUGCAGCAGCUGUCAGUCGGGCACAACUUCAAUCAGCCCAUCGCCGGAGUCGUGUGGCCGUCCUCUCUGCAGCAGCUGUCAGUCGGGCACAACUUCAAUCAGCCCAUCGCCGGAGUCGUGUGGCCGUCCUCUCUGCAGCAGCUGUCGUUCGGGUACAACUUCAAUCAGCCUAUCGCCGGAGUCGCGUGGCCGUCCUCCCUGCAGCAGCUGUCGUUCGGGUACAACUUCAACCAGCCAAUGACCGGAGUCGUGUGGCCGCCUUCCCUGCAAAAGUUGAAGCUCGGGGACGGCUUCAAUCAGCCUAUCGUCGGAGUUGCCUGGCCGGCGUGCCUGCACAACCUGUCAUUCGGGGACGGCUUCAAUCAGCCUAUCGCCGGGGUGAUGUGGCCGUCGUCCCUGCGACAGCUUUCAUUCGGGUACAGAUUCAAUCAGCCUGUUGCCGGAGUCGCGUGGCCGACUACGCUGCAAUCUGUGACAUCUUUUGGAGAAAGCCUGUUGUGAAAGGUUCAGGGUAUUUCGAGAUGACUGCGCGGUUUUGUUCAGCGUGUUGUUGAAACGAUGGCUUGUUUGUACCGUUGCGCAUCAAAGGGUCAUGUCCAUUGUGCAAUCCUUGUCGGGUGUAGUUGCAGUCUUCCUGGGAGAAGGUAGUGAAGGUUUGGGAUAUUUCGGUAGAAAAUUGUUCUGUCCUUGUGAAAGGAACACAUUUGAAUGGUUCUUGCCGCAAGGCGUCAAAUGUCAAUAUGAAAGUAAUGUUUGAUAAGCCAAACGAGAUAUGGGGUGAAGAAUCAUCGUUUCUGCGAUUCCUUCUGUAGCGAUUGUGGUGUAAAACGGCACGAUGAACGCGCAUCCAUUCAUGGACUUGUCUGGAUAGUAUCUACUUCGUACAUGCCUCCUUCGUACGUAUCGUCGCCGUCACAAGGACUUGUGCGUUCGUGAGGUUUUGUUCUUCUCGGUCGUGCUCACUCGCACCGAUUCCUUGGACAAGGGUCUACGCUGGGUCGUGUUACUACUGUACUACUGUAGAUGGCGCUGGAACUUUUUGAUCGACUUGAUUGUGCUUGAGAAACUAUAUUCCGUGGUCGGUCCAAACCCUGUUUUGUUGUGGUGGACGAAAGAACUAUUUCGUGCACACCUAGGUACACUGUUGUACCUCCAUAGAGCCUCAAGAGGGGGAAGUUCUCAUAGUCGUGCAUGCCGUAGUCGUUAGACCAUUGACCU